AUGGCGCAGCCGCAGUACCCCGAGAUGGACCCAGACGAGAUCGAGGAGGAGGCCUACGAGACAGACACCGCCAGUUCCUCCCAGACAAGCACCCUCACCUGGAUCAACUGGUACACAUCCCUCACAGGGCACGACUAUUUCUGCGAAGUGCACGAAGAAUUCAUCGAGGACGAUUUUAACUUGACGGGGUUGCAGAGUAUGGUGCCCUUCUGGAGGGAGGCCUUGGAUAUGGUUCUCGACGUUGAGCCUGAAGAAGAUUCAUCAAAGAUCCCAGACGUGUCUAUCGUAGAGUCUUCUGCCGAGCUGCUCUACGGCCUCGUUCAUCAGCGAUUCAUCCUGACCAAAGCCGGCCUCAGCGCCAUGGUGGAGAAAUACGACCUCGCCCAUUUCGGCGCCUGCCCCCGCGUCUUCUGCAACGCCACCCCGGUUCUCCCCUGCGGCCGCUCAGAUAUGCCGGGGAUUGAUACCGUCAAGCUGUAUUGCCCGAAUUGCGGGGAUAUGUAUACGCCGCCGAGCAGCAAGUAUCAGAAUGUGGAUGGUGCAUUCUUCGGCACAUCCUUCGCCCCCCUCUUCUUCCAAACAUACCCAGAACUCCACGCCGCCCCAUUCGUACCCCCACCCCCCUCUUCUUCUUCUUCCGCCCCGACCCCCACCUCCCACGCCAGCCCGAUCGGCGGCACAACCCACCCAAACCCCAACCCCCACGGCGGGCAGAAACCCGCGCUGGGCAAGGUUUAUACGCCAAAGAUAUAUGGGUUUAGGGUGUCGGAGAAGGCGAGGAGCGGGCCGAGGAUGGGGUGGUUGAGGGAGAGGCCGGCGAGUUUUGAGGAAUUAUCGAAGGUGGAUUAUAGGGGGAGGUGGAAGGGGGAUGGGGGCGCUGGGGCUGGGGGAGGGGAAGGGGAAGGAGGGAAGGAUGGGGAGAAGGAUGGGGAUGGGGGGAGGGGCAAGAGGGAGAAGGGAAGGUUGUUUGAUGAGGAUGAAGAUGAAGAUGAUGAUGAGGAGGAAGAGGAAGAGGAAGAGGGCGGGGUGGGGGGGAAGGUUGUGCCGGAGAGUAGUGUGGCGGGGUCGGGGAGACGGUGA